AUGCCGUCGCUUCGGUCACCUGGAAUUCCGGGGAUAUCAAGCCCGAUGGGCUUGAUAACUUCCCAGGGGCCACCUUUCGAGUUCCCGAUAGGUGUCGUUAUAAUCGGACUAAAUAUGGCAGUUUAUGUGUCAGCUAAUAUCUCUAUAAUGCUUUCUGCGCAUCUCCAGGCGGAGGUCAAUAGCUCUCGGAACCCCUUUGAUCUUAGCCUCAGUCAAUACCAUCAGAGAACUAGCGCUUCAUCUCAAGCCCACGUUACCUAUAGCAUUGGUUCCGGAGUCAACGUGGGCGGGCAACUCAAUGCACCCACCUUCUACAACUGGGGUGGAACCAUACAGGUCCCUAUUGCCAGCGUGCCUCGCAAGCAAAUCAUGCUGGAUACCUGUGCUGGCUCGAGUACCCUAUCCAAGAGAGCCGUGGAGCUUCUGGACGGGCCCGUGAAUUAG